UUGACGUUUGUCACGUAUUUUUUUUUUUCUCCUCAAGUUUCCAUAAAAAUGCCCAAGCUUCAGACUAAAGUGGCAAAAAAAAUAAUCUCAGGCCAUGUCACUGAGUAUAGCAAUAAGCCCCAGAUCGUAGCCGCUAAUUUACCAAUUAGUGACAGAGCUACAAAGAGAGUCAUUGCUCCAUUUGUCCGAAUUAUCCGAAAGGGGCAAAAACCACACGAAGCUGAAGAAAGCAAGCAUUUUAGUUUUUUCCUUCAGAGGAAGCCGAGUGUCUUAAUCCGCGACUUAUCUUCCUUUUUAUCCGAUAGUGUCGAUUUGCCAUCUUUACUUCACGAAACUGCAGACGUCUUGAAAAGUAUAACGAAAGCAGCAGGAGUUACUUUAUACAUGAUGGAUCCUGCAACUAAUGAAAUUUACCAAAGUAAGAAAACCUCGCAGCGAGACCGCUAUAAAAUUAGGUGGAAAAUCCAAGAAGGAACAACCACGGCCGCUUAUGUCGCUUACAAAAAGAAUUACGUUUUGAUUGAUGACAUUAUUGAAGAUGACCGGUUUCCUGAAGGAAUAGGAUACGAAACUGAGACUAUCAAAUCGGUUCUUUGUGUUCCUGUUGUCACCCCUGACGGAGAAUGUUUCGCCGUUAUUGAACUCUAUCGCCAAUUAUUUGACGAGCCAUUUUCAAAAGACGAUCUCAAACUCACUCUCAUUGUCACAGGGUGGAUGGGGGCUGCCAUCCACCAAAACUCACGGCGACUUGCUCUCCAACGCCAACAGGAACUUAACGACUACCUCCUCGACUUGACUAAAUGCUUUUUCGGCGAGUCGGUCGUUAUGGAAAAAAUGCUAUCAGAAACAGUCAAUUUUGCAAAAGUGACUCUAAACGCGGAAAAAGGCACAAUUUUUAUAAUCGAUCGGGAAAGUGGAGAUGACCUCGUCGCCGAUAUGUACGAUGAUAGUGGAGACGGAAAAGAAUUUAAAAAAUCGCAAAAAGUGCGUUUUUCGAAAGAACGCGGAAUUGCAAGUCUUGUUGCUCGAUCAGGGAUAACAGUUAACGUCAAGGAUGCGUAUAAAGACGUACGUUUCAAUAAAGAAAUCGACCAGAAAACUGGGUUCAUUACAAGAUCGAUCCUGUGUAUGCCUAUAGUAGGAGUAGAAGGGAUUCUAGGUGUCGUACAAGUCGUCAAUAAGAGAAGUGGUGGCCAUUUCACCAGUACUGAUGAAUCGCUAUUUCGAACAUUCUGUGUGUAUUGUGCUCUAGCACUGCGUUUCACAAAAGUGCAAAAUCAAAUGCAGUCGACAAGACUGUUGAAUAAUUGUUUCUUGAAGAUGAUCCAUCUACAAAUGAAACCUUGCAUCCAUGAUAUCAUGACAUACAACGUGGCAAACUCUCAGGUGGUAAUUCCCGUUGGUUUUGACCAUUUCAGUUGGCACAUUAGUACAGAGGACCACCCAAAAAUGCCUCAGUUUAUACUUUACAUGUUCCUCCAGUUGAUUAAAAAUACACUAAAUCCAGAACAUUGCAUCCACUAUAUCCUUUCAGUGAAAAAAUUCUAUAGACGAAAUCCCUACCACAAUUUCGAGCAUGCACUUAAUGUUGUUCAUUGCAUGUAUCUUAUGUUGAAACGAAACAUCAAACAGUUUAAUCAUACCGAAAUUAAAGCCUUGAUGAUUGCUGCUCUUUGUCACGAUGUGGACCAUCCUGGAUUCACAAAUAAUUUCCUCGAGUCGAGUAAUAAUGAUUUAGCAAAUUUGUACGAGAAUUCGUGUUUAGAAAACCACCAGUAUUACGUGUCUAUGCUUUUACUAGACUAUAGUAAAAUUCUUACACAUCUCUCAAAAGAUGAUUACAGUGUUUUGAAGUAUGAAAUCAAAGAAGCAAUCAUUGCAACUGAUCCUAUGGUUUACUUUUCAAACAAAAUAAAUUUGGAAAAGACUUGCAAUACGAAAUCGUUUAAUUGGACAAAUGAGACACACCGGAGUUAUUUAAAAGGGAUUAUGAUGAUGGUUGCUGAUCUUUCAGGGAUGUGUAAACCAUUUUUGGUAUCGAAAAGAAUUACCGACAGCUUGUAUGCUGAGUGUUACUUGCAAGGGGAUUUGGAGAAGGAAAUGGGGCUUUGUCCUUUGUCCAUGAUGGAUAGAGACAAAAGUAAUUUUAUUCCAGAAGAUCAAGUUACUUUUCUAUCCACUGUAGUACUUCCGUGUUUGGAUAUAUUGAGGCAACUUUUGCCAAACACUGACGUUUUAUAUAACGACGCCAAAUUAUUGGUCCAAAACUGGCAAGAUAUUAUCGAUGUCAGAGGAAAGAAAUGUUGGCGUCAAGAUGACUCUAUUGUAGAAAAAAGAUAUAAUUAUUAAUCUAACAGAAAUAAAAAAAAUUAAACCCAAU